GAAACGUCCCUCUGUCCCAGCGCCAGAAGCGCCGCCGUCGCGAGUGCGCUGCGAGGCGAUGUCGGCGCAGUCCGUGCGCGUGUGGUGGGAGCCGCCGCCGCCCGCCAGCAGGGGCGGCGUGCUGCUGGGGUACGAAGUGCUGUAUGAGGCGGUGAGCGAGCCGGACAGCCGGCCGGAGCUGAGGCGCGCGGGCGGGCUGGAGGUGGCGCUGGCGGGGCUGGCGCGCGCCGCCAACUACUCGCUCGGCGUGCGCGCGCGCACCGCCGCCGGGCCCGGGCCCGCCUCCGACCCCGUCUACUGCGCCACGCACGAGGACAUUCCAGGCGCUCCAGCGGAUAUAAAAGCAUUGGCCAAUUCUGAAGACACCGUGAUAGUCAGCUGGCUGACACCCACACAGAAGAAUGGAAAAAUCAAGCAUUACACUGUGUACAGCAGGCCACAGAGGACAGGCCAGCACUCGCAACUAACGGUGGCUCACGUGGAAGGGCAGGAGGAGUACCACGUGGAGCUUCGAGGCUUGCACGAGGCGCAGGUGUACGAGGUGUGGGUCACGGCCGCCACCGCCGCCGGCGAGGGCGAGAUGAGUGCCGUCGUCGCGCGCAAACCCAACGCCAGGGCGCCCGCGACGAUCUGGUCGUUCGGGCGGCGCGUGCGCGGCGCGGCGGGUCGCAGCGUGCGGCUGCGCUGCGGCGCGGCGGGCCCGGCUCCCGCGCGCGCGUGGGCCCGCCGCCGGCCCGCGCCGCCUCUGACUGCCGACCCCAGGUUCCACGUCGACGGGGAAUACCUGGUCAUAUUCGACCUCGACCGCACCGUGUCGGACAACUACACGUGCACCGUCCGCAACCCGUACGGCUCCGAGCGCGCCACGUGGGAGGUGCUGGCGCUCAGCCCGCCCGCGCGCCCGCUGCUGCGCCUCACACACGCGGCGCCCGCGCGCCUGGCGCUCGCCUGGGACGCGCCGGGCGCCGCCGUCAGCGGUGAGUGUCAGUCCCCGGGACACACGCGCGCCCGCUGCUGCGCCUCACACACGCGGCGCCCGCGCGCCUGGCGCUCGCCUGGGACGCGCCGGGCGCCGCCGUCAGCGGUGAGUGUCAGUCCCCGGGACACACGCGCGCCCGCUGCUGCGCCUCACACACGCGGCGCCCGCGCGCCUGGCGCUCGCCUGGGACGCGCCGGGCGCCGCCGUCAGCGGUGAGUGUCAGUCCCCGGGACACACGCGCGCCCGCUGCUGCGCCUCACACACGCGGCGCCCGCGCGCCUGGCGCUCGCCUGGGACGCGCCGGGCGCCGCCGUCAGCGGUGAGUGUCAGUCCCCGGGACACACGCGCGCCCGCUGCUGCGCCUCACACACGCGGCGCCCGCGCGCCUGGCGCUCGCCUGGGACGCGCCGGGCGCCGCCGUCAGCGGUGAGUGUCAGUCCCCGGGACACACGCGCGCCCGCUGCUGCGCCUCACACACGCGGCGCCCGCGCGCCUGGCGCUCGCCUGGGACGCGCCGGGCGCCGCCGUCAGCGGUGAGUGUCAGUCCCCGGGACACACGCGCGCCCGCUGCUGCGCCUCACACACGCGGCGCCCGCGCGCCUGGCGCUCGCCUGGGACGCGCCGGGCGCCGCCGUCAGCGGUGAGUGUCAGUCCCCGGGACACACGCGCGCCCGCUGCUGCGCCUCACACACGCGGCGCCCGCGCGCCUGGCGCUCGCCUGGGACGCGCCGGGCGCCGCCGUCAGCGGUGAGUGUCAGUCCCCGGGACACACGCGCGCCCGCUGCUGCGCCUCACACACGCGGCGCCCGCGCGCCUGGCGCUCGCCUGGGACGCGCCGGGCGCCGCCGUCAGCGGUGAGUGUCAGUCCCCGGGACACACGCGCGCCCGCUGCUGCGCCUCACACACGCGGCGCCCGCGCGCCUGGCGCUCGCCUGGGACGCGCCGGGCGCCGCCGUCAGCGGUGAGUGUCAGUCCCCGGGACACACGCGCGCCCGCUGCUGCGAGGCGGCACGUAGGAGAUGGUAAAGCCCGGUCUCUGAGCACGUAGAAUUUUGUCUAAUGA